CACCACAACAUCUGGUUUCUGGCUGUGGGGAGAAGUGGGUGUUGAAGUCAGGAGGGGAUUGUACCGCGACAGUCUUUUUUUAACAGCUUUUGCAUCUCGCUGGCAGCCUUUGCCAACGUGAUAUCCACAAAAUGUUGCUUGACUACAACUCCCAUCAGCCCCAGCCAUAAUGUUUUUGUGGCACUUGCUAUAGUUUCAUGCACACAAGUAAAGGAUAAGCGGAGGCAACCGAGUGUUACGGUGCCGCCGCAUGAGCAAAUUGGGAUGGAUGCUCAAUAAACAGGUUGUCCAGAGGAGCUUAGAAACAGUAGCAGAUAAAAUCACCCCAGUGCUGAAAAGGACUAAAAUUAUGGAGGGCGGCAGGCAUGAGUUUAGGGCUCAAAGGCCAGGGACCAUCAAACCAUUUUUGGUGUGAAGCCGAAACCUUGCCACAGUACCUCCUGAGCAGGCCUAGAGAGGAUGGCAUCCCUACGACCAGUGAGAAGAUUAAUGAUUGCUUAACGUGCAGAUGUUGAGCCAGUGGGAUCAUCUUCCUGUCUGGAAUUUUUGCUUCUGGUGCUGCUAUUUAUGCACAAUACCCACAACCCUUCUGCACUCAUGCACACACAAUGCUCUGAAUUUCGCCCCUGCCCCCAGCCUGAGAUGUGUUGAUGUUUUGAGUCUAUCAGUCUUUUCACUUUGAGACGGAAGUCAAAUCAAGAUCUCCGAUGCAUUGCUUUAUAACCCUUGCAGUUUGUCAACGAUUGAGGCUUAGACCUUCCCUGGCCUUGAGCAAAACAAAUGAGUAGGAGCAGCACUAGGAAGGAUCUCCCUUUCAAAAUGUGUUUUUGUCAAGGUGUGAAUGGACCACACACCUGUGAAGAACCCAGGAAGCAGAGAUGCUCCCACUUCCAAGCUGGGCUGCCAAAGGCUCCCCCCCACCCAACUGCCUGUGAUUGGCUGCACACAGACCAUGAUGCCACAAUUGUAGUGAUGUCAGCAUGUGAUGUUGGGAGCCCCCAGAAUUCCUCGGCCCAUGCAAGAGGUGGCUGGAAGGUCCUGCAGAAGGGAGAGGACGGGUUGUGCAUGGGAGCUGCCGUCUCUAUAUAGGGUAUAUCCAGCCCUAUGCCUAACCGGAGGCAGCUGCAACGAGGCAGAAUCAAGGUGGCAGAGCUGACAUGGUUGCCUGAGAAAGGAUGGAGACCUAUGAGGACCACCUUUGGUGCCCCUACAAUUCCCAGAGCGGGGAGGACGAGGACGACAAUGAAGAGCCCUACCAUGACCCCCACCUGGCCAGGGUGCGUGCCCGGAGCACGAGCCGCUCCCGCCACCGCUCCUCCUUCCUGGUGGACGAGCUAGACAUGCUCAUGGACAAGGCAGCCACCACCAUCCAGGCCACGUGGCGAGGCUACCUGGUGCGGAGGCGCGUCCUUCGGGAACACGCUGCCGCCUCGGUCAUCCAGGCCGCGUGGAGGCACUUCAUCACCCGGGAGUACGCAGCCCUGCAGCGGGAGCAGGUGCCCUCGUGGCAAGGGUAUAGGCAGGAGCAUCGGGUUGAGAGGAGGAGGAGGAGGACUACGACAAGGAGGAGGACAACACCCUCCCUGGCCUCCUUCAACGAGGGGAGCAGGUCCUGGGGGGCCCCGGAGAUGGACCAAGAGCGAGCUACGGUCAUCAUCCAGGCACACUACCGGGGCUACAAGACCCGGCAGGCCCUCGCAGAGUGCAGGCGGGCAGCCACGACUAUCCAGGCGCACUGGAGGGGCUACCGCACCCGGCAGGAGCUGGCGCAGAUGCCGCAACGCCCUGCUCACCGGCCCGGCCCGAGAGGGACUUACUACGGGCAGCCCAGCUACAUGCCCGGGAGCUCCUCUUGGGUGGGCCCCUACCCCAGGAAGCACUGGCGCAAGUGUCUCGUGGGAGACCCCGAGGAGUGGGCGAGCAAGGUCCCUCGGACUCAGCCAUCGCACGCGAGGGAACACCCGGGGGGAGGCAGGAGAGAGCACCUGCAAUUCCGGGAAAGGGAGCGCCCCGAAUUCAGGGAAAGAGAGCAGCCAGGAGCCAGGGAGAGAGAGCGCUCGGAGCCCAAGUCGUGCCCCCGCUGUGGGAGAUGCACCACUGUGCGCGUCCUGGUGGGGGUGGGCAAGGGCCCGCCCUCCGAAUCGGACAUGGAUGACAGCGAGUGCGAGGGGCACGCCCGGCCUGCGUCCGCCAGGAGGAAGAGCCCGGCUCCCAGGUCGAGAGGGUCACAGUCGCCUGCCAGGCCAGAGCCUUACGGGUCCCACGGGUCCUACCAGAUGGGCCCCAGGGCCUAUUACCCCGGGAACCAGAGCAUGGCGUCCGAAGACCAGCCGCGGAGGCAGGGCCGGGAUCCCGGAGGCCUGAGCCAGCGCUAUUCCACGGGCCACGCGGCUGCCCGUCCCACACGGGACCGCAACACAGCGCGGAGCCUCUCCUCCACCAGCCUCAGCCAACAGGGAGCGCCCAGCGCGGGGACCUCCGAAUGGCUUUAUGAGAACUACUAUGCCCGCCGGAUGGGCGAGGGCCAGAAGCGGGUGUUCAAGACGCGGAAGCAGAUGUGGCAGGUGGCGCGGGCAGCGACCCUCAUCCAGGCCUUCUGGAGGGGGUGGAGGGCACGGCAGGUCUUGCGCCAACAGCAGGAAGCUGCCAUCAAGAUCCAGUCCGCCUACCGGGGCUACAGGACCAGGCUGUACCUCAUCGAGGCUGGAGUGCUGAGCGAGGGAGACACUGAGUGACACCCGGCUCUUAAGAAUACGGGGCCCAGUGGGAGCCCGAUCGGGAGGGGCGGGCAGGCUGGUGGUCGUCACUGGUUGGCUGUUCCCACCGCAGCCUUCUCCUUCCUAGUCCAAGCAAACAAGCUUACAUCCCAAUAAAUAAAUCCUAAUUACAAA